AUGUGGAAGAAGCUGCUCUGCUCGGGGCACUAUAGCCACGGACUCAACAGGGUGGAUAUGCACUUGAAGGACAUACGGACCGGGGUGUGUGCAGUGGAGGGCGAGCCUGUGGUGGAGAAGGAGAGUGCGGCCACAGCGCUGGUGGACGGGAACAUCCUGCUGGGCCCAGUUGUGGGAAACUUCUGCAUGAUUCUGGCUAUUAGGAAGGCCAAAGAGGUUGGCGUUGGCUGGGUGGUGGCUCAUGGCUCUAACCAUUUUGGAUUUGCUGGUUAUUAUUCAAUGCAGGCCCUGAAAGAAAACAUGCUCGCGAGUGAGACUUCCCUCGCUCCGGUUUGUCAUUUACCAACACGCGGUAAAGAGCGCACGUUGGGCACCAGCCCACUGAGCGUGGCGUCACAUUUGAAUUAAACCAAAUGUGUUAAAUAUCCGAUCCCUGAUGGAUGGGGCUGCGACCCGGAGGGACGUCACACAACGGACCCAAAGAGUGUUCUGACUGGAGGAGGACUGGUCCCCAUUGGUCAGUGUUUUGUAGCAAUCAACCCAGAAAACUUUGCUCCAGGAUUCAACGAGAGAUUGUCAGCUCUGCUCUCCAUCUCCAGAGGCCAGGACCCCGCUGAUCCGGGCUCGCCUGUUUUGGCUCCUGGAGAUCCGGAGAGGUUGAACAUGAAGAAGUGGGGGGGGAAAGGGGGAAGACCCUACCUCAUCAAAGUUGUCAAUCUGCAGAACGAUUAUGUGAAGAAAAUCGGCGUCAGCCAGCUGCUGCCGUGUGACAAGGUUGUCUCCGUUUAG